AGAGGGUUUCACUCUGUGUUUCAGUGAUGAUGGAGGGAGCCCUGCUCUGACCAACACGAUGUCUUGGGGGGAGUUCAUUGAGCUCCGCGACCUGACUUCAAGCAAGGAGCACAUAGAGCUGACAGGCAAACGCUCGCCGUGCUCACCUCCGCGCCUGGAGAGAACCAACGCCCUGAGGAUCAGCCCCGGGCGGGUCCCAGACAUGCUGAGCCGCGUGGGCAUCAUCCGAGUCCUGAGCAGCACACAGGACCCCCACCUCCCGGAGGAGAGGGGAGAGGGGCACGACUUCCAGCCCUGCAGCCAUGCUCAGCCCACAUGGUGCGACCUGUGCGGCGACUUCAUCUGGGGCCUCUACAAGCAGAGCCUGCGGUUCACAUGCCACCACCGCUGCCGUGCCCUGAUUCGGCUGGACUGCAGUUGGGAGCGAGGCUCUGCGUCCGACCACGCCGGGGUUGUGGAGCACACCGUGGAGACUGACACGAAUGUGGAUGAGCAAACGGAAAGGGUGAAGCAGGAGCCGACGCCUGCCGAUCUUCAGCAGAAGGUGAAGGAGUACAACGCUCAGAUCAACAGCAAUCUGUUCAUGAACAUGAACAAGGAUGGGUCCUACACCGGCUUCGUAAAGGUGCAGUUCAAGCUGGCUCGACCUGUGUCCGUGCCCACCUCAAAGAGGGGAGUUCCCGAAGCCGCGGGCAGGAAGGCCGGAGGGGUGAAGCGCCGCACCUCCUUCUACCUGCCAAAGGACGCGUCCAAGCAUUUGCACAUUAGCUCACGCACUUCUGCCCGGGAGGUCAUUGAGGCCCUGCUGAAAAAGUUCACCGUGGUGGACAAUCCUGGCAAGUUCGCUCUGUUUGAACGCAGCGAGCGCCAUGACCAAGUUUACAUCCGUAAGCUGUCUGAUGACGAGCGACCCCUCCGCCUGCGUCUGUUUUCUGGGCCCAAUGAGAAAGUCCUCAGCUUUGUGCUCAAGGAGAACGAAACGGGUGAUGUCAACUGGCAUGCCUUCUCCAUGCCCGAGCUGAAGAACUUCCUGCGCAUUCUGCAGCGUGAAGAAGAGGAGCACGUGAAGCAGAUAGUUCAGCGGUACGCUCUGGCUCGCAAUAAGAUGAAGGAGGCGCUCGCCGGCUCCACCCCGGGG